AUGGCUCCGCGGAGCUGCCUUGUGGCGCUCCUCGCUUUCCUCCUUGUAUUCCAGACGCUCUCAGCUGCGCCGCAAGUGCAGGCGGAGGAGACCAAGGACGUGGGUACCAAUGGCGAUCUUCCGAAGGUCGAGGAGCCGAUUGGAGCCGUUCCUACUGGAUCGACCACAGACACCCAAACCCAAGAGAGGGAGAAGAGCUCGAUGCGUCGGUCGGGCGAGAAGUUCCAGUUCCAGGCGGAGGUGCACCGGCUGAUGGACAUUAUCAUCAACUCGCUCUACAGCAACAAGGACGUCUUCCUCCGCGAGCUCAUCUCCAACGCCUCCGACGCUCUGGAUAAGAUUCGCUUCCUGUCGCUCACGGACAAGUCCAUUCUCGGCGAGGGCGACAACACCAAGCUCGAGAUCCAGAUUAAACUGGACAAGGACAAGAAGAUUCUGUCGAUCCGCGAUCGCGGUAUCGGCAUGACCAAGGACGAUCUCAUCAAGAACCUGGGCACCAUCGCCAAGUCCGGCACCUCAGCGUUCCUGGAGCGCAUGCAGAAGAGCGGCGACAUCAACCUGAUUGGUCAGUUCGGCGUGGGGUUCUACUCCGUGUACCUGGUGGGCGACCGCGUCGAGGUGCGCUCCAAGCACAACGACGACUCCGCGUGGGUGUGGGCCAGCGCCGCCGACGGCAACUUCGAGGUGUAUCCUGAUGAUGCGGAGGAGGACGAGCCGCUAGGGCGCGGCACUGAGAUCCGGAUUCACCUCAAGGACGAGGCGAGCGAGUACCUGUCGGAGGAUAAGCUCAAGGAGCUGGUGAAGAAGUACUCGCAGUUCAUUAACUUCCCCAUCUACAUGUGGGGCAGCCGCGAGGUGGACGAGGAGGUACCGGUGGAGGAGGAGGAGGUGGAGAAGGAGGACGACAAGGAGGAGGAGAAAGACGACAAGGACAAGGACGACACGGAGACGGACGAAGAGGAGGACAAGGACAGCGAGGAUGUGUCGGAGGACGAGGAGAAGGAGGAGGAGGAGGACAAGGAAAAGAAGCCCAAGACGCGCGUGGAGAAGCGCACCAAGUGGGAGUGGGAGCUGCUGAACAGCGUGAAGGCCAUCUGGCUGCGCAACCCCAAGGACGUCACCGACAACGAGUACCGCGAAUUCUACAAGUCGCUCGCCAAGGACUACGGCACGGACAAGCCUCUCUCAUGGACGCACUUCUCCGCUGAAGGAGACGUGGAGUUCAAGGCGGUGCUCUUCAUCCCGCCGCGCGCGCCCUACGACAUGUACGACAACUACUACGCCAACAAGGCGGCGCUCAAGCUGUACGUGCGGCGCGUGUUCAUCAGCGAGGAGUUCGAGGAGCUGCUGCCCAAGUACCUCAACUUCCUCAAGGGUCUGGUGGACUCGGACUCGCUGCCGCUGAACGUGUCUCGUGAGAUGCUGCAGGCGCACAGCAGCCUCAAGACCAUCCGCAAGAAGCUCGUGCGCAAGGCGCUUGAUAUGAUCCGACGGCUGGCGGAGGACGAGGAGGAGGCCAAGGCCAAGGCCAAGGAGGAGCGCGAGGAGGGCAAGACCGACGAGGAUGACAAGGAGCGCGUGCCGUCGGACGCGGAGACGCAGUACGAGGACUUCUGGCGCGAGUUCGGGCGAGCCAUGAAGCUGGGCGUGAUUGAGGACUCGUCCAACCGCAUGCGCCUCGCCAAGCUGCUGCGCUUCAAGAGCUCUAACGACCCGGAGAAGCUGACGAGCCUGGAGCAGUAUGUCUCGCGCAUGAAGCCGGGCCAGAAGGCCAUCUACUACGUGACGGGGCCCAGCCGCGAGCAGCUGGAGCGGUCGCCCUUCAUCGAGAAGCUGCUGAAGAAGGGCUUCGAGGUGCUCUACCUCACAGAGCCCGUCGACGAGUACCUCAUGCAGAACCUCACUGACUUCGACGAUAAGAAGUUCCAGAAUGCCUCUAAGGAGGAUCUGAAGCUUGGUGGGAAGAAGAGCAAGGAGAAGGAGAAGGCGAUGAAGGAGGGCUUCAAGGAUCUGCUUGCGUGGUGGAAGGAGCAGCUGGGCAGCAAGGAGGUGGAGGCGGUGAAGCUGAGCGAGCGCCUGGCGUCGUCCCCAUGCGUUGUGGUAACCAGCAAGUACGGGUGGAGCGCCAACAUGGAGCGCAUCAUGACGUCGCAGGCUCUGGGAGACCCGACACGGCAGUCGUACCUCAAGGGAAGGAAGAUUCUGGAGGUCAACCCGCGGCACCCCAUUGUUCAGCAGCUCAAGGAGCUCGUUGCUGCUGACCCCAAGGACGAAACGGCUGUGAGUGUGGCGUCAACCCUGUACGAGACAGCACUCAUCGAGUCGGGCUUCUCUCUGGAGGACCCCACCAAGUUUGCAGCGCGCAUCUUCUCGGCACUCAAGACCAACCUCAAGAUCGACCCUGACGCUGGCGUGGAGGAGGAAGAGGAGGAGGAGGAGGAGGUGGUCGAGGAGAGCAAGGGCGAGGAUGGGAUUGAGACAAUCAGUCUGGGCGGCGACGAAGAGUCAGCAGAAGAUGACGCUGACGCAGAAAAUGAGGCAGCAGGGCUGGACGAUGAGAAGCACGAUGAGCUCUAG